AAAAUUCAUAAUGUCGAUGAAGGAAAGGGCGAAGGAGAAGCUUCUCUCUUCGGCUUUGAGUUGUCAAAGUUCUGCUCUUCAGAGAUUCUCAUGUUGAUGACAGUUCGAUGAUAUAUAGCCAUGAAAGAGGAAACAUGUUCAUAAUCAAAUCUGGGAAGGAACAAGUAUGUCAUUUUCUCAAUCCCAACUCAGAAACAUCUUGAGCAAGGAAUAGGU